GGAUCAGCCUCCUCCUCUGCCUAUGUCCCAAAGGUUAUCUACUUGCAGAAAGACAGCAUUUCUCACAAGGUGAUGUUCAGCAGACACUGCAGACCCAGUGACAUUAAAGAGUUGCUAUGUACAACUGUUGGGCUCACCAGGAACACCUUGAUUAUGCUCAUGGAUCAAAACAAUGCUAUUAUAUCCAUAGACCCAACUAUGCCAACUAACUCACCAAGCUCUCCUUACAGAGUGGUCACUCUCAGUGCUAGACAACUUACAGAAGAAGAAGACUUGUUGCAGAAUGUUCUGACCCAAGUUGCUGACCAGUUUUCAAGAAUUUUCAAAGUCAAUGACCUGAAAACUGAAAUCUCAAGCAGGUUGGCAGCAUUGGAAAAGAGGGUUGAAUUGGAAGGUUUAAAGGUGGUGGAAAUAGAGAAGUGUAAGAAUGACCUGAAGACACUUAAAGAUGAAUUGUCUUUGGGAAACAGAUCAAAUACAUCUUGCAAACACACUAUCGUGGAGGAGCCUAUAAAGCUGACUCUGCAACGUGAUAUCCCAAAAUAUCCCAAGUACACACUAUCCCAGGAGACCAUUGAAGCACUGAAGAAGCCAACCUUUGAUGUCUGGCACUGGGAGUACAAUGAGAUGCUUAGCUGUCUGGAGUACAUGUACCAUGAUCUGGGACUGGUGGAAGAGUUUAACAUGAACCCCAUCGUACUGAAACGCUGGCUGCUCAGCAUUCAGGAGAACUACCGGAAUAAUCCUUUCCACAAUUUCCGACACUGUUUCUGUGUGACCCAGAUGAUGUAUGGUAUGAUCCAUCUGUGCAACCUUCAGGAGAAACUCACUCUGACAGAUUUGGUGAUCUUAAUGACUGGAGCUAUCUGCCAUGACCUGGAUCACCCUGGAUAUAACAAUGCAUACCAAAUUAAUGCCCGCACUGAGCUUGCUGUCCGAUACAAUGACAUUUCCCCUCUGGAGAAUCAUCACUGUGCCGUCGCCUUCCAGAUUCUCUCUCAGCCAGAAUGCAAUAUCUUCGCUAAUGUGGAUCCGGAGGUCUUUAAACAGAUUAGAAAGGGAAUUAUUACACUCAUCCUAGCAACAGACAUGGCUCGACAUGGAGAGAUACUGGAUUCAUUCAAACCAAAAGUAGCCACCUUUGACUUCUUGAAUGAAGAACACAAAAUAAGUCUGAAAAUGCUUCUUAUCAAAUGCUGUGAUAUUUCCAAUGAAGUGCGGCCAACAGAAGUGGCAGAUCCUUGGGUUGACUGCUUGCUUGAAGAAUACUUUACACAGAGUGACAGGGAGAAAUCUGAAGGCCUUCCAGUAGCCCCAUUCAUGGAUCGAGAUAAAGUUACUAAGCCCACAGCUCAGAUUGGAUUCAUCAAGUUUGUUCUGAUACCAACAUUUGAAACACUGAUGAAAUUAUUCCCACAGAUUGAAGAAGCUAUGGUACAGCCUCUGCGAGAUUCUAGGGAUCGUUACGAAGAGCUGAAACAGAUUGAUGAUGCAAUGAAUGAGUUGAGGAAGAAAACAGAAAAUAUCCCCCUUGGAUGGAAGAAGAAAUAAUUUUCUGAGUAAGUAGGUUUUG